UAUGAUGACAUCAUCUCCACGCGCCCGAGGAAAGCAGAGGGGUCGGUUCGCGUGCACGUUGAUGUUGUUGUAUAUUAGCCGCUGACGGUUCUUUAGCUGUACUGACUUGUUAGUUCGUCUCAAAUCGGAAAUGUCUGUCACAGAGAUGUUCAGCUACAUUCAGGGCUUCUUGAGCGCAGACCAGGACGUCAGAGAGGAUAUCCGUAAGGUUGUCCAGAUUUUGGAGCAGACAGCCAGAGAAAUACUAACAGUUCUCCAAAGUGUCCACCAACCAUCUGGAUUCAAAGAGAUUCCCAGUAAAUGUGCAAAGGCACGGGAGUUGUUCUGCACAGUCAGGGCACAAAUGGCAGAGCUCAAAACUAAAUUUCCUUCGGAGCAGUAUUACAGGUUCCAUGAGCAUUGGCGCUUUGUCCUGCAGCGUUUGGCUUUCUUAGCAGCCUUUGUCGUCUACCUGGAAAGUGAAGCUCUGCUGACCCGGGAGGAGAUGGCUCAGAUACUUGGGAUUGAAGUUGUAAGAGAGAAGGGCUUCCACCUGGAUGUAGAGGACUACCUGGCAGGCGUGCUGAUCAUGGCAAGUGAACUGUCACGGUUGGCAGUAAACAGCGUCACAGCAGGAGACUACAACCGGCCGCUCCGCAUAUCAAACUUCAUCAAUGAGCUGGACUCAGGCUUCCGUCUGCUCAACCUGAAGAAUGACCCGCUACGAAAGCGCUACGAUGGCCUCAAGUACGAUGUGAAGAAGAUCGAAGAGGUGGUCUACGACUUGUCCAUCCGCGGCCUGGCCAAGGAAUCCGAGUCUGGUGGGGAGAAGUAGUGCAUGAAGGAUGGGCUUGGCUCUGGGAGAAGGUGGAGGGCUUGGCAGCCACCUCCAGCUGGGACUUCUCAAAGCUGCUGCGGAUCGUAGACCUUACCCCACCUGGGUGGCAAGACCCAGGGAUGUGCCUGAAGCCCCAGCAGCUGGGGAUAGACUGUAUGAGUGUGUGUGUUAGGGUGUGUGUGUGCGCAAAUUCAUGCAAGAAAGGUGCUUAAGAUGGCAGUCUGUCAGCAGGGUUGUAGAGAUAAUGAGGUUUGUCGACACCAUCAUUCAGAGGUUUAAGGUGACAGAUUUGUUAUUGUUUUUUUUUUUUUUUAAAUGUGUCCUAAUCUUCAUCUGACCCCUGUGAUAGGUUUAUUGAGCUGGUUUUAAUGCUGUUCGGGCUGAAUUUCAACAGUCAUUUUCUUAUUUUUGAAUAACCAUACAUUCAAGUUUGGGUUUUUUUUUUAAGGUGGUCAAAGAUUUGAGUGUUAAAUGCUCAUUUUUGUUUUUCCUGUGGCUGAAUUACUUUGUUUUUACUUUGCAAAGACAACAGUUGUUGGUGCUGAUUUACUCCAUGAUUUGAUUCUUAGUGGUUUGUUGCAGGACUUGGCACUGAGCUUAAAACAUCCAAACUGGGAUCUAGGAGCAUCAUGUAUGAAGAAAAUGUUUGAUGUAACAGUUGAUUUAUGCUCCAAAAGACAGACAGUUUCAACAUAUUAAUACUUUUUAAAACUGUCUCCAAUUAUAAUUUAUAGAAAUCAGAAAAAAAAAGCCUUAAUUUUGGAUUUUGAUUAUUAUUUCCUGCCGUUUAUAAACGAGACUUUAAGUAAAGAGCCAAAGAAACGAUAGAUAUGGACUUCAUAUGGCAACAAAAAGACACUGUGAAUUGUUGUUUCCUGCAGUUAGGAAGUCUUACAUUACAAACUUGUGCUCCGUUCAGUAUUUUUGGUUUAGCAAUGAAGCUUUGUCUGGUCAUCCAUGAGUAAAACAAUGUAAUCUAGUGCACGUUAAGUUUAUGUUUUCAUCCUUUUUUUUAAUCUUAGUUGAAGGAUAGCUUUCACUUGUUUGAAGUGGAGCUAAACUGUUUUCUAGAAAAAUUCCCUUUCACACUA